AUGGCGUCCAGACGCAGGCCAUCGGUCCGCGUGGAGCCGCCAGCGCCCGAACACCGCGCGGACUCGGCCAAGCCGCCUGCAUGCCGCACCUGGAUCGACAUAUCGCCGGCAGUGGCGCACUACAACCGGUCGAGCAUCUUCGAGGCAUGCGACGCCGACGAGGCGCUCUCGCUCGCGUGCCCGGAUGCGCGAGCUAGCCACGUGUUCGACAUCUUCGCUCCGACCGCGCAGGACCGCCGCACGCUCCCGGUCUCCGAGACGGAGGGGCCCGAAUACAACUUCGGCCCGGCCCCUGAGCUGUUGUUGGAGCAGAGCGGCGACAGCGGGACCGGCGACGUUGCGCUCGCCGUCCACAUGAUGGACCUCGACGCGGCGGGCUCCGGCGUGGACGCGCACAAGCCGGAGGUCGCGUCGCUGCGGCCCCGCAGCGAGGAAGGACCGACCGUUCGCGUCGGCUGGGAAACCUCGUCCCACACGUGA